UCCCUUUCCCUGUACCCCGCGGCUUCGUUGCUAUUCUGAUUUCCAGUUCGCGUUUGUUGCCCGUGAAGGAUGCCUUCUGCCAACCCUAAACUAGAGAAACAGGCCUCUACGGAGACCGUAGAACCUAUACGCCAGGCGAUUGUCGUUAUCGAACACAAGAUUCGAAAUCUUGAAAAGCGUAAGGUAAAGUUAGAAUCAUAUAAGGACCUACAAAAAAAUGGAAAGGAAUUGAAUACGGAUCAAAAAACGGCUGUAGCCAAGUACGAUGAAGUUUUACAAACAUUGGAAUUUACACGGGAAUUAUAUAAACAAAUUGUCGGUAUUGCACAAGAAGCGGUUAAACAGCAAAAGAAAUUGGCAAGAAAGGAAGCUAUUGAAAGAAUGCAACAAGAUAUUGCAAAAGUGAGGGAGGUUUUUCUCAUUCAAGGUGCUUUGAUGAAUAUGGGAACAGAAUCUGUUAGAGAGGAUUUUCUUACUGGAAAGAAUGGUGCUGUGAAAUUAUCAGAGGAGGAUUUAAAACAUUUGGAUAACUUAUAUAAUGAACUUACAAUGAAACAUCAUAGAGAAGAAGGUGAACCGACGUUCCUCCAACAAGUACAAAAAGUAGCAGAACAUUAUGUAGCCAUUGUUGAUGGAAAGCAAAGAGAGGUUGUUGGGACAACUUACAACAAAUUAAAGGAAAUCAUUGCUUCCAUUAACCAAUGUGGCUAUUUUGAUCAAGUUCGCGAAACUGAGACCCCCGUAGAAGAAAUUACAGAAGCAAUUGCGGAAACACUGAUAUCAGAAGCUCCUGUGCAAGAACAAGUCAACGAAGAAUAUAACAGCAACGAGAGACACAUUCCGCCAGAGUCUAUGAUUCCAAUUCCUAAUUUUCCAGUUCAAGUUGCUCCACUUCCAGUAGUUUCUGGUACAACACCUGUUUCUGGUCCUAUUCCCGUAGUAGCACAACCUAUUCCACCACAUCCAGCUGCACCAGUUGAAACCUCUUACUACACAAAUGCUGCAGGAUACGUUCCUCAACCACAACCACAACAGCAGCAGUCUCAGCAAACUCAACAAACUCAACAACAGCCACCACAAGCCCCUAGAAUUAACGAUGUAAUAGGUACACCGAAUUUCUUUUUUUUGCAAGAAUCUGAGCUUGAUUCACCGGACGUGACGUCACAAGCACCUAUUGUUCCACACAUUCCUGCUGCUGUAAACGCACCUAUUCCUUCACAAACAUUUACAAAUCAAAACUUCGCUAAUGCACCAGUAGUAGCACAACAAGUGAUAUAUCAACAUCAAGCGCCACAAGAUAUAUCUCAUAUACCCGGAUUCGCUAAUCCUAAUCCACCUCCACCUAUCCCGAUGCCGCCAUCUCAUCAACAACCAAACAUGCAAUAUAGUCCACAACAUCCCGCCAACUUUCAACAACAACCGCAACAACAAACUCCUUCGCAACAAACAUCGCAACCAGCACAGUCACAAAACUUUGAACAUCAACCAGAAAAUCAACAGCAACAACCUACCGAGGAAAAGACAGACGAGAAUCAAGAUGAAGCGAUAGCGCCAGAAUCAGAAUUGGAGCAACCAAAUGAUGCCGUAGAUUGGUGUCAGAUAACAGACCCUAACGACUGGAAUCAAACGGAUCAGUCGCAACAACCUACUCAAGAUUCACAACAACAACCACAACCACAACAGCAGCAGCAGCAGCAGCAGCAGCAGCAACAACAGCAGCAACAACAACAACAACAACAACAACAACAACAACAACAGCAGCAGCAGCAGCAGCAACAACAGCCACAACAACAAACGACUCAACAAGCUUGGGGUGAUCAGCAACGCAGCGGUUACAGAGGUAGAGGUGGAAAAAGAGGAAAUUCUAAUGGAUAUAAUGGAAGAGGUAGGGGCAGCAGCGGUUAUCAACAAAAUGGACGUGGCGGACAAGGAACAUAUUAUCGUAACGAUAGCAAUUAUCAAAACGGUUACCAACAACGUUCUUGGGGAAAUAACGAAGGCAACAGUGGUUACAAUUCUGGCUAUAAAAGGGGCGGCGGUGGACCGAGGGGUGGUCCACGAGGUGAGCGUGGCAUGGAUAGAGGUGGUCGAGGACAAUUUCGUGGUCAGAGAGGAGGAAACCGUGGUGGUUAUGCGCCCCGUGGUAAACCUCAUACGCAACAGUAAUUAAAUUGCGAUAGAACCAUGCACAGUGAAACAUUAUAAUAAUGCUGUAAGAUCUUGAUUCAUUUGUCUAUUUGUGAAAAAACCUAAGUCGUAUUUCGAAGAAGAGAUUUCGAGGUAAAUUUAAUAUCAAUGGUAUUAAGUGUAUGUUUUAACAUAUAACACUGUAACCUUGACGUUCAUGAAUGACAUGAAAUAUUCAACUAAUUAGUUUUUAUAUGAACUACGCAAGGGAAAUGCUAUUAUUGCAUGAUUUUACUUCUAAAAAAUGUGGUAUUUACUCUGUGUGGUUUUGAUAUACGAAAGAUAAAGGAAAAUUUAGCAAAAAGAGGAGAAGUGUAUUUAGUAGACAUAUUUACGGCUUAGGGUAUUUCUUAAAUACGACAUUGAAUAACCAAAAUUUUGCAUUUGAAUUUGGUAUCUGCGAUUAUCAGGGGAAAGAUCCUAUUAAUAUUAACGAGAACAUUAUGCAGACGUAAUAUUGUGAUAUAAGAAGAAAUCAACCAAAUUCAGAAGUGUGAACCCACCAUGCAAGUAUUAUUGUGUUGUGACAGAAGGCAGUUUUCACAGGGCAACAACAGCUGAUCAACAAAGAUUAGAAAUAUAAUUUUAUUAUAAAAAAAAUACAAAAAAAAAUGAGAACUCGUACAAGCAUUUCACGAAAAGACACAAGAAUGUAUUUAAAGAAUAACGUUAAAAUGAUUACACGAAGAGAUGAUCUGCACGACCAUAUCUUUGUCUUGCGGCGCAUCGUUCUAGAGAAUUCUUUAAGGUACCAGAAAAAAGAGGAUACAGUGAGCAAUGCCUUCUAGCGCUAUAUAUCUUCUUAACUUCAUAUUCCUUUUGCGGUCUAUGAAUUUGCGAAGCAUUUAGAAAGUUAAAGUUGUCGAGAUUUAGUAGUUGAAAAAGAUGAAACGUUUUUGCGUGAUACGCAAAAUCUCAAAACGCGUUGUUCAUGAAACGCGUUUCAUGAUUUAUAACGAAUUACGUAGCUCCCUCAAUCUGUUUUUUUCUGUGUGAUUCCAAAACUCUUCACGGUCGCCUCCGCAGCUGAUUAAGUAAAAGAAAUUGCAGUGCAAUGUCAAGUUUACGAAGCAACAUUACCUAAUUUUUUUAUUGCAAAAUAUAUAUGAUUAUUUUUAAAAGAAAAGAAGCGAUAGUGCGGAGCUUUAGCAUAUAAGUCGAGUGUACAAUUACUGACUAGAGCCAGAGGAGGCGUGUUUGAAUAGUGCGCCAUUGAUAAAAGCCACGCUCCACCGCCAGACACGUGAUAAGGAGUACCAUAUUGUAUUUCGUUUGUACAUUUGUGUUUAAUCACCUCCAUCUACAGUUAUGUUCAACUAUCCUAUGAAUACCUAUGUAUCUUCCAAAUAAAGAUCUAAUUCAACCCUGCUAACUAGCCUAUCUAUCGUACUCAUUGUCAACAAAAUAGGAGAAAUAACGUUCGUUCAGCUUGUUCUCAGAUAAAAAAAAUCGAAUAAAGUGUUUAAUUUCAUUGUACUUGAAUACUAGUACCUACUUACCUAGUUAGGUAAGUACCGUCAAAUGCUGGGAAGCUGGCACUCUUCUUUCAUUGGUCAGAUUCGGUUCUAAUUAUACGAUUUGCUAAAACGCUUAUACACACCAAUCGGAUCGCACAACAAAGCCGUGAAGCGAUGUACUUGUGUAUCAAUUUUACACACCUUGCUUUUGUUAUUUUCAAACGAUUAAGUUAGUAGUUCGAUUGACUACCGUAGUUCAGUUCAUUUUGAAUUAAAUAUUGUUCAUCGUAGUGAUCCCGUAUAUUGCAUGCACAUAAGAAUCGAAGAGUAUACUUUGGAAGCGAUGACAAACUGAAAUCAUAACUGCUGCGUUUCGACGCAGUGUGGUGAAGGUUUAAUCGUUAUUAGGUUAUGAAUCUCAUACACGCGCGCACGUUAUCAAGGAGUAUA